AUGGCAGCGGCCGACCCUCAGGACUUUGGUCUGGAGCUCGACGACCUGCCCGAAAUGGAGAAUCACGAGGACGUGCCAGAUGGUCCAGGACCUCGGAAAGGCCCGGGAGAGAUGUGGACAGUGGCUUUAUGUGCCGGCGGGACAGCCUACGACACCUGUGCGUCGACCAACACCUCCGAACUUCAGCUUUUACUCGCCCCCCGGCCCUUCACGCUGAACUCCAUGGUGCUGACCAGAGGGCGGUCGGAGAGCUCGGCGGAGGCUUUGCUUCACAUCGAGGUGGGCCUCCGAGCGCACGAUCUCGGCAGUCGCGGUGCUGGCCAAGGCGUGGUCGUCGCUGAACAGGACAGCCAUGUCCGCCUGGCGGAGAUGGACACAGAGGAGGAAGUAGGAGAUGGCUGCCGCAACCGUUGCCGCACUCCCGUCCCGUCGUCUUCAAGCGGACCAAAACCACCACCACGAAGCGGCGACCUCAACAUCAACCAGAGGACCCAGACGGUCGUGAUCCAGCCUCACCUGCAGCAGACCAUCAUUCAGAACACGGCCCGGCGGGGUGCCGAGGACACCCCGCGCUUCUUCGAUGCCGAGAACCGCGCGCAGCUUUGA